AUGACAGCCAGGCAGAGAGUAGUGCGGGUGUCCACCGAGCAGCCGAACUACAUUGCCUGCGUGCUGGGGACAGAAAUCUCGAUAGACAUCCAUGGGUAAGUGAUGGCAUUUCUGUGGGCAAGUGAUGGCAUUUUGCAUGGGCUGGCAGUUGAGCGUUUGUGAGAACAGGCAGCCCUGGGUGGUUAAAGGGCGUUGUGAGCUUGGUGCUGGGUUCGAUCUUAGGUGUGUCUGGCAAUAAGCAAGCUCAUUGUUUUUCUGGUCUCUGCCCUACAGCAUUGUUGUGAGUGGGACUGAGGUGAUGCACGUGGGGCACUGAGGGGAAAAUGUGCUGUAAAUCCUUAUUUUUAAAAAAUGUAUUGGCACAGGGUCUAAUAUAUUUUAAGCAAUACUUCCUUGAAGGGUCAUCCCUGACAACAGACCUCUCCAACAGAACACCUGCUUUGCAUGCAGAAGGUCCCGGGUUCAAUCUCUGGCAUCUCCAGGUAGGGUUGGGGAGGUCUCCCUAGGGAGCUGCUGCCAGUCAGUGUAGACAUUACAGAGCUAGAUGGAUCUAUGGUCUGACUUGCUAGAAGGCAACUUCCUUCCAGCUAUUAAAAAACUCAGAAACUAUAGCUCACCAGGGGUUGACGCCCAGAAAUCCCUGACCAGUGGCUAUGAUGGCUGGGAUUCCAUACCGUCCAACAUUUGUCCAAUGAAAAUAGGGACAAUUCAACAACAACGUUUCUGAAUAAUAAUGCUGGGCUCGAUGAGCCACUGGCUUGAUUCAGCAGGCUCUUCUUACAUUAUGCUUCUAUGUUAUUUAUUCAUCUGUUUCAUAAAAUGUAUACACCACUUGAUGGUAAAAAGCUAAUAAUCCUCAAAGCACUUUACAAAAGAUAAAACAGGAAAAUCAGGAAAAAUUUGCAGCCACGCUUCAAAAUAUACAAUAAGUUAAAAUACUAUAACAGAUUAAAAUCCGCACCAACUUUCUAAGAGUCUAGAUAUGCUUGUUUAAGCAAUAAAGUUUUAAGCAGGUGCUGAAAGGAAUACAAUGGAGGCAGCUGAUUGCUAUCAAGAGGCAGGGAGUUCCAAAGUUCCAAAUAGAGUUCUUACAAAAGUGGAAUGUGUUUUAUGUGGCACCUGUAGCAGUGGCAAUUCCACUGAUUUAAGUGGUUGAGUGGGCCUGUGUCAGGCAAGAGAAUAUUGUAGGUCAACUGGUUAUGUUAUGUCACGUUAAGAAACCCCAGGAACACGAGUCCUUCUUUCUUCUGAGGAAGGAGAGGUGUGAAGGAGAAUAGAUUGAGCUUAGCCAUGAGCCCUUACAGGUGGAGGGAGGGGGGUUGUCAGACAAUGUUAGGCAAGCAAAGACUUGAAGGCUAGGUGUGCAAGGAGCCCACGCCCCUGAGACUGAGGUGCUAUUUCUGUAUACUGUGACACCAGCAGCGUGCAGCUUCCGGCAUGAAUAAUCCCUCAAGAACUGCAUUCUGCACAGGGAGAAGGAGGAGGAGGGUGUCAGGGACCUGAACACAGCUUUAUUAUUUUAGACUGGUUUCAUCUACAGUGGUACCUUGGGUUAAGAACUUUUAUAUACCGUAUUUUUCGCUCUAUAGGACACACUUUUCCCCCUCCAAAAAUUAAGGGGAAAUGUUUGUGCGUCCUAUGGAGCGAAUGCAGGCACCUUAGCUUCAGAGAAAGCAAUGCGAAGCCUCCAAAUCGCAGAGGGAGCGCUCCCUCCGCGCUCCGGAGGCUUCGCGUUGCUUUUGCUGAAGCCUGGAGCGCGUGGGGUCGGGGCACCCCGACCCCUCUCGCUCUCCAAGCUUCAGGGAUAGCCACCUGAAGCCUUUGGAGCGCAGCGCGAGGUCCCGCUGCGCUCUAAAGGCUUCAGGCGGCUAUCCCUGAAGCCUUUGGAGCACAGGAGGGACCUCGCGCUGUGCUCCAAAGGCUUCAGGGUUAGUUGCGCAAAGCCUCUGCAGGGCAGCGUGGUGCCUUCACCCCACUGCCCUGUGGAGGCUUCAAAGGCUGUCCCCGAAGCCAGAACAGUGAGACGGAGCGCUGUGCAGCAGCUUCACAGGCUGUCCCAGAAGCGCUCCCUCUAGCUAUUCUGCCUUUUGGAUGGCCCCGCGAAGCCUCUGCAGGGCACGGGGAUGAAGGCUCCCUGUGCCCUGCGGAGGCUUCGCGCAAAGACCAGCUAUCCCAGCGGCUAUCCCAGAAGCCAGAACAGCAAGAGGCUAUCCCAGAAGCCAGAUCCCUUUUGCUGUUCUGGCUUCUGGGAUUCAGAAUUUUUUUUUUUCUUGUUCCUCCCCCCCCAAACUAGGUGCGUCCUAUCGUCUGGUGCAUCCUAUAGAGCAAAAAAUACGGUAUAUAUGUACAUUUUUAUUAGUUUUUAACAUAUUAAUUAUCAUUCAUACAACAAAACUUCUCAUCUUAUACAAUAAUUUUUGGACUUCCGUCAACACCUCUGAUGAUUUUCCGUUCUUAUCACUUAUUAUGCAUUUCUUAAUUUCAUAUUACCUUUAAUCCUUUAACUAACAAUUCUCAUUAUCUUUUUUGCAAUAUUUCAAAUAAUUCACCUUACAAAACUUCUUGCAAACCUACUAGCGUAAUCUGUUCAUCACAAUUACUUUUCAAAUAGUCCGUAAAUUUACUCCAGUCUUCUGAGAAUCUCUGGUCCCGCAGGUUUCAAAUUCUUCCUGUUAGUUUAUCUAAUUCUGCAUAGUCCAUCAUUUUCCUCCUCCAUUCUUCUUUCGUCGGUAAUUCUUCUUGCUUCCAAUUUUGUGCCAAACCUCGGGUUAAGAACUUAAUGCGUUCCAGAGGUCCGUUCUUAACCUGAAACUGUUCUUAACCUGAGGUACCACUUUACCUAAUGGGGCUUCCUGCUGCCGCUGCGCAAUUUCUGUUCUCAUCCUGAAACAAAGUUCUUAACCCGAGGUAAUAUUUCUGGGUUAGCAGAGUCUGUAACCUGAAGCGUCUGUAACCUGAAGCGUCUGUAACCCAAGGUACCAUUGUAACUGCAUGCCUGGCGGAGGGUGGUUCUGUGCCCUCUCUCCUCAUGUGUUUGGCAUGCUGUCAUGGAAGACAGAAACAUGGGCUGGGUGUUCAGUCACAGAAUCACAGAGUUGGAAGGGACCCCAAGGGUCAUCUAGUCCAACCCCCUGCAAGGCAUGAAUUGCAACUAAAGCAUCCCUGACAGAUCCAACCUUUGCUUUAAAAAACCCCUCCAAGGAAGGGAUGUCCACCAACUUCUGAGGGAGUCCAAUCCACUCUUGAACAAUUUUUGCCAUCAGAAUUUUUUCCAGAUGUUUAGUCAGAAUCUCCUUUCCUGUAACUUGAAGCCAUUGGUUCGAGUCCUACCCUCUGGAGCAGAAGAAAAAGAUGGCUAUCAAGUCACUUCUCAGUUUCUUCUUCCCCAGGCUUCUUCAACUGUUCAUCGUAAGACUUGGUUUCCAGACCCUUCAUCAUCUUGGUUGCCCUCUUCUGCACACAUUCCAGCUUGCCAAUAUCCUUCUUAAAUUGUGGUGUCCAGAACUGGACACAGUAUUCCAGGUGUGGUCUGACCAAGGCAGAAUAGAGUAGUACUAUUACUUCCCUUGAUCUGGACACUAAACUUGUAUUCAUGCAGCUGAGAAUAACAUUCGCCCCUUUUUUUUGCUUCUCCAUCACACUGUUGACACAUGUUCAGCUUGUGGUCUACUAAGACCCCUGGAUCAUUUCCCCAUGUCCUGCUGCCAAGCCAGGUGUCCCCUCGUCUUAUAUUUGCACAGCUGGUUCCUACCUAAAUGUAGAACCUCACUCCCGUUUACUCCCUGUCCAGUGCACUCCCAGCGUUGGUUUGGGAAGUGGUGCACGCCCAAUGCUUAGGCACUAUCCAUAGCUUGGGACCAGUUUCCUUGUGGGAUUGCCCUACUCUGUAAAUACCAGCUCAGCCACUUUGAUCAGCAGAACUGCCACUGCUACAGAUGCCAUAUAAGACUCGUUCCGCAAUUGCAAGGAAUCCAUAUUUUAGUGUGUCAGCACCUAUGCUCUGGAACUCCCUGCCUCUUGACAUCAGGCAGGUACCUUCACUGUUCUCUUUUCGGCACAUGCUUCAAACAUUUAGGCAAACCUACCCAGACAUGUACAACAGUAGGUUGUUGUUGUUUUUAAAUUCCUUGUUUUUAACUAUUUACAUCUAUAAUUUUAGCAUCUGUUACAAAAGGUUUGGUGGUUUUGUGGCAAUCAAGUGGUACAGAAAUCUUUUUAAAUAAACAAAAAGCUGCUCUGCCCCUCUGUCUUUGCCUCCCCUCCAAAACUGAUCCCACUGCAUCAAACUCCGAGGUAGCAGAGAUCCAGGUUUGCAGAGAUUUGCAGCUUUGCAGAUUCCACCACAUCAACUCUGAUUCUGCUCAGAACCACCAAAUCCACUAGCUGUACCCAACAUGCAGUGUCAGCAUGGCUGUGCGCUGACUAGGGGCUGAUGGGAGUUGUAGUCCAACAUGUCUGGAAGAAGCCAGGUUGCCAAAGGCAGCAUCAGCAGAGAGACAGAAAUUUGUGGGUGGGUGAGGGGAAGAACUUCAUUUAAAAAUUAGUCUGAAUAUCACAUUACUGUACUCCUUUUCAUUCCAUAUCCUCGUAGCCACCCUGUCAACUGUUUCUGCCAAUGUAUAGAUAUACCUGUCAACUAAGGAUAACAUUUUGCCCAUCUGACAAAGCUGUAUUUCUAGUCCAAGACUGCUUGCACCUUAGGCAACCUGUUGGCCUUUCAAUGUGUCACAGGGCUCUUUGUUCACCUUGCCGCAGUCAAAGGGUGUAUUUGAAAGAUUCUCUCUCUCCGACCUCUUGAGUAGGUCACAUACUUACAUACUUGCUUUGAUAGUAGUAGCUGAGGAAGCGUCUUUAGCCUGGGGGGACAUUAUUUAUUUGUUUGUUUUAAUUUACUUCAUGAAAUUUUCAUGCCACUUGAUUGUUAAAAACAACAACAAAGAAACGAAACAAACAAAAAUCAAAGUGGUUCACACACAAAAAGGAAAUCAUCAAGAAAAAAUGUUUAAAAUGUACAGAAAGUUCACACCAACUUUGUAAGUGACUGGGUAGGCUUGUUCAAACAACGUUUUUAGCAGGUGCUGAAAACAAUACAGUAAAGUUGCCCCGACUGGUAUCAAUAGGCAGGGAGUUCCAAGGUUUGGGUGAUGUGGCACUAAAUGAUCAAGCUCUUACAAAUGCGAAGCGUACCCUCCAACAUUUCUCAGAUGAAAAUAGGGACAUCCUAUCCUACAUUGGGAAGCUUCUCCCUUGCAACAUAAGCCACAUUAGUGGAAUGGGCUACUGGGAGAACAGGAUGCUGGGCUACUUGGGCCCUUUAUGGUCUGAUCCAGCAGGUAUUUUAUUAUAAGGAGGAGGAGGCUCUUGUCAACCGACCACUUGCUGAGGUGUGGGGAGAAUUGCUCUCGCACUCAGGACCUGCUAUGGGCUUCCUGUAAUGGGCUCCGGACUUUAAUUGCUAUGUGACCAGCCAGCCCAAACUCCCAGGAUGACCUUUAUAGGUGUGUGCAGAUUAAGAAAUCGAAGGUGGUUGUUCCACCUGCAUGGAAAACACUAUUAAAAUGAUUGCUCUUAUUUAGGGCCCAUAAAGGAGGGUUUCAUUCCCCCCUCCACCCUGCAUUCCAUCCUUCCUUUCUGUGACCAAAGAUGACUAGCUCCGGGAGUCAUGGUUAAUGGGUGUGCUUCUGCAGAUCGUAAAUCCAACAGAGCCCAACCACAAGGAAUGGAGCGAUUAGACAGGUUUACAGCCAGAUUUACUGCCUUCCUCGGCUUCCCUUUUAAAUUCUGCAUGUUGACAGAUUAAUAUCUUUCUUUACAAGCUGCUGCAAGGCACAGACGGGGCUGGGUGGAGGAAGCACAGAGAGAAAGGUGGCAAUGCAUAUGUGGAAUAUAUAUGUGUAUGUGUGUGUAAGGCUGUCAUCAAGCAGCUCUCAUUGAAGCUGUAGCAUUGCAUCACAAUCCUGGCUAUGGACUGCAGUCAGAAUGCAGGGGAAGUUCUAGGGUAGGGGAUCCCAAAGUGGCCAGCAGGAUUCCCAGGGGCCAAGAGGCAAGGGGGAAUCACGGGUGCAAUGGAGGUGUCAGUGUCUAUCAGACUCUAAAAAGCCCCUAUCACUGGAUCAAGUUCAACAGCUUAGUUGAGUUCAUUAAACUAAAUAGUUUUAGCUGGCUUCGGAAUAAACAUUCCAUUAACGGUUACUGUUUUUGAUUGGAUUGUGUUAUUUUCUUCCUUAGUAGGUCGUGCAAAGCGCUAUUCUGAAUGAUUCUUUAUUUUAGAGUAGCAGGCACUAGGUAUGAGUUUAUGGAAUCCAAGGGGGUGCCCCCCCCCAAAAAAAUUGGAAACCACACUCCUUACUGCUUUGCACUAAAGUGUUUUGGGUUUGUUGCUUAGCUGGAAUAGAGAACCAGUGGGCCCUAGUGGUUACAGCAUAAGAAAUAUUUAGGGAUGCGGGCCAAAUUUUGUCCUCGCUCCGGGUCACCAUAUUACCAAAGUCCGCCCCUGGUUAGAAUGUCAGAUUAAGACCUAGGAGACCAGGGUUCAAACCCCCAUUUUGCCAGGGAGCUCACUGGGUGUGACUUUGGGGAUGAGGUCACUGCCUUCCCUCAGCCUAACCUACCUCACAGGGUUGUUGUAAGGAUUAAAUGAGGAGGGGGAGAACCACGUGUGCCACCUGGUGUUCCUUGAAGGAAAAAUAUGUCAUUCAAAUGUAAUCGUAAUAGUGACUGUCAGAAAGUUUUUCUGAUUAUCAGUGAUGAUAAUGCAAUGAUAAACCCCCCACCCCAAUUGUUUGCUCUGGCCCUAGAUCUAUACCCAAAGGUGCCACGUCAUUUGAUGUCCGUGGAACUUCCGGGCUUCGAGUCUACGUCAUCUACAACCCCAAUGUUGCCACAGCAUCUGAAGGUACAAGGUGGCUUCUCGACUCGGACGUGGAAGUGGUCGUGGCUCUAAACGGACCCAGCAGCGCUGUCAAUGACAACAAGGUGAGCGGGGAGCAGCUGGGCUCCUCUGAGAGCCUGGCAACCAUACCUGGGAGCCAGCCUUUGACCAUGUUGCGGUGAGCAGCGCAGAGUGUCGCAACAAGGGAGGUGCGCUGGAUCCAAAUGGAUUUCAAACCCAGUCAGGCUGAUUGUUGUAUAGUGUUUUGAAUUACAGUGGUACCUCGGGUUAAGAACUUAAUUCGUUCCGGAGGUCUGUUCUUAACUUGAAGCACCACUUUAGCUAAUGGGGCCUCCUGCUGCAGCUGCGCCGCCGCUGCACGAUUUCUGUUCUCAUCCUGAAGCAAAGUUCUUAACCUGAGGUAAUAUUUCUGGGCAUAGCUGUCAACCUUCCCUUUUUUUGCGGGAAAUUCCCUUAUUCCAGCGCCGUUUCCCGCUGCUUCCCGCUGAUAUCCCGGAUUGUUAGAUAUCCCGUAGACUGUCCCCGGGACAGGUGAGGUUGCUGAUCCCUUAUUUUCAAAUCUGAAAGUUGACAGCUAUGUUUCUGAGUUAGCGGAGUCUGUAACCUGAAGUGUAUGUAACCUGAAGCGUAUGUAACCCAAGGUACCAAUGUACUUUUGUAAAAGAAAAGAAAAGUGGCUAACAAUACCCAUUCCACAUUUGUAAGAAUUCAGUAUUUUUACUAUUUUAACUUUUUGGUAUGUUUUAAACCAGGGGUGAGCAAACUUUUUCAGCAGGGGGGCCAGUCCACUGUCCCUCAGACCUUGUGGGGGGGUGGACUAUACUUUGAAGGGAAAAAAUGAACGAAUUCCUUUGCCCCACAAAUAACUCAGAGAUGCAUUUUAAAUAAAAGGACACGGUCUACUCAUGUAAAAAUACACUGAUUCCCGGACCGUCUGCAGGCCGGAUUUAGAAAGCAAUUGGGCCAGGUCCGGCCCCCGGGUCUUAGUUUGCCUACCCAUGUUUUAAACUAUCGUUGUAAAUUAUUCUGGAUAAUUUUAUUGUUUAAGCUUUUUGUAAACCGCUUGGUGUGUUUCCCCCCCUUACAAUCAAGUGGUGUAUAAAGUUUACGGAAUAUCUAACUAACUAAAUUGAACCUACCUUCUAGGGUUGUUGUAAGAGGUGAUGAAAACAAAGUGCUCACGGUACCCUUAUACCAACAGUCGUGCUCAUCUUCUGAAAGCCUGUCCUUUUGGAUACAAGCCUGAAGGGAACCAUGAGACUUAGGGAAUAAAAAGAUGAGGAGGGGGGGCGCUUACUUACUUUUCAGAGUAUUCCUGUUAUGAGAAAAUCAAGACUGAGAUAGUGGUAAGGGUGGAAAGUCAGUGAUUUAGAGGAGAACGUCACAUGGACAGUGGAGAAUAAACAGAGGUCCACAUUAAACGGUGGGGUGGAACAGACCAUGUUGCUGCCAUAUGGGACUUGCCAUUCUGUGUGCUAUUUAAACCUCGCAAGAAAAAAAAUUAGGUGUCAGUGGCAUUGUUGGGAAUGGCUGCUUGAGGGUUUCCCUUUGGGGCACCUGGUUUGGCCACUGUGGGAACAGGAUGCUGAACUAGAUCAGAGCUAUUGGUCUGAUCGAAACUGCAGGGCUUUUCUUAUGUUCUUAUGACUGGGUACUGUGUCUUUUUGCAGGUUCGGGUUUCAUAUUACGGGCCAACAGGGGACACCCUCAUUGCCAAUGCUUGGUUGUACAUCACUUGUAUGGGUAAGUAAUGACCAGUCCUUCCACAUUCUCACUCAUAUUUGGUAUUCAGAUCUAGGGCCGUCUUUAGCAGAUGUGGCGUCAGGGUGCAAAUAUCCGCCCAGCGCCCCCAAAUUACCACAGAUGGGGGGGCUGAAGCUGCGCACUGCCAGCCAUGGGGGGGGCACAACUCUCCCCCAUGACGCUGUGGGAGAGUAAUCCCCACAGAGGCUUGGGAAGGAAGCUGCACCCCUCCCAAGCCUCCACGGGAGGAGAGUGCAGCUUCCCUCCCAAGCCUCCUUGGGAGGAGAGCGAUCCCCGCAGAGGCUUGGGAGGCAAGCUGCAUGCCCGCCAGCCAUAAGGUUGGCGGGGCACAGCUGACGGGCGUGCAGGGAAAGGGGAGGCUGCCGGCAAAGCUGUGCAGCUCCUCCACUCACUGGGGCACCCCUGAGAGGGCAGCGCCCUGGCGCGAUGCACCACUAAACAGCUCUAGGCUUUUGGUGCAACACACACACACAAAUUCCUGGAUUCCAAGAUCCAAGUCUGGGGCAAGUACUUUUGGCAAGAAAACCCCAGCACAGAUUUAUAAUCACAACAUAUGCAGCAAAGUACAGCAAGGAAAUAUAGGCUGUUAGACCUGUAAAGGCUCCUGUGGGUUCCAAAUUUCCCCUUUCCCCCAGCAUAGAAAAAGGCCACACAUUUGGUAAGUUAAAAAUAGUUUACUUACAAACACUCCAAAGGUCAGAUUCAUGUGCUUUUCCAUAUAGCAUUCAGAAAAAGUUGCACAGGCACAUUACAGUGGUGCAAGUUCCUAAAUCAUUGGUAUAGUGGCUCAUGAGAGCCAUACAGUUGAGCUGGAGCAACUAGCUCAAACCUCUUUACAUGUUGAACUUCUCAGGUAGACUGGGGGUGAGCAAUAGGUUUCAUUACCUAUUUUCUCCCAAGGUAAGGGGAAUUGACCUAGCUAAGCCUGGCAUGGCAGCUUACUCUGUGGUACUAACCCCCUGGGCCGCUUGGGGAGGAAGGAUGGCGUAUAAAUGCAAUAAAUUCAAUAAAGUAAAAAUAUUCAUGCACAAUAUCAAAUAUGUAGCCUGAAGUACUAACAUGAUUAUCCCCCCAUCCCACCCCAAUAUAUUGUCAGCUAUCUCUCUGGACGCUGAUACUAGCCGAACUGGUAAGGUGGAUGGCAAAGCAAGCAACAAGGUAAGAAUGGCAGAGUUUCCUAUAUCUCUGUCAGUCCAGCCUCCUGUUCUCACAGUGGCUGAACAAAUGCCCCAAUGGGAAACCCGCAAGCAGGACCUGAGCACAACAGCAGCCCUCUGCCCUCUUGUGGCUUCUGGCUACAGGUGCUCAGAAGCAUUGCUGCCUCUGACCGUAAGGACAGAGCAGAGCCAUCCUGGCUAGUAUCCAUCAAUAGCUCUGUUCUCCAUGAAUUUGCCCAAUCCUCUUUUAAAGCCAUCCAAGUUGGCAGCCAUCACUGUCUCCUGUGGGAGGGAGUUCUGCCGUUUAACUAUGUGCUGCAUAAAGAAUUACGUCAACAGAUAUGCUAAUAGAUCCGUAUCUGCCAAGAACAGUCCCCACCACACCUUUUCUGCCCUCCAAUUUACCUUGGCCAGGUGUGAGGCUCAACACUCCAUGCUGUUUCUGAUACUGUAGCUAGUACAAAGUCAUCUUGAUGAUUAGUAGCCGUUGAUAGCCUUGUCCUAGAAUUGCAGAAUUGUAGAGUUGGAAGUCCCAUGGACUGCAAGAAGAUCAAACACAUCCAUUCUUAAGGAAAUUAGCCCUGAGUGCUCACUGGAAAGACAGAUCGUGAAGCUGAGGCUCCAAUACUUUGGCCACCUCAUGAGAAGAGAAGACUCCCUGGAAAAGACCCUGAUGUUGGGAAAGAUGGAGGGCACAAGGAGAAGGGGACGACAGAGGACAAGAUGGUUGGACAGUGUUCUUGAAGCUACAAACAUGAGUCUGACAAAACUGUGGGAGGCAGUGGAAGACAGGAGUGCCUGGCGUGCUCUGGUCCAUGGGGUCACGAAGAGUCGGACACGACUAAACGACUAAACAACAACAACAAGAGUUGGAAUGGACGGCCUAAGGGGCAUUGAGGUCAGGAGUCACAGCUAAAGCAUCCCUGACAGGUGGCCAUUCAACCUCUGUUUAAAAACCUCCAACAAAGGAGAGUCCACCACCUUCUGAGGGAGUCCAUCCCACUGUUGAACAGCUCUCACCAUUAGGAGAUUCUUACUAAGGUUUAGCUAAGGAGCAGAAAACAAGCUUGCUCCAUCUUUCACAUGGCAGCCCUCCAAAUAUUUGAAGAUGGCUUCACUUCUCACACAAUGCAGACUGUGUAAAAAAAGGGAGCUUAUUUCAUCUGACCUGAACAUUCCAACAUUUAGCUUUGUCAGAUGACUCCUUUAAGGUCUACUAUGGUGAGAAGGCAGGAAAAUUCCUGUCUACUCUCUCCACAUCGUGUAUGCACAAUGCUAGUAGCAAAUGACAGUCCUAUCCCCUCUGGAUUUAUCCAAUAAGGAUGCAACUUUCUCACUAUACUAGUUGGCUGAAGAAUGCAUGUGGCAGUAUGGAAUGGAGUAAAAAUAAGUGAGUUAGACCACUGGUUCAUCUAGUGUUGUCUACACUGAAUGGGAGCAGCUCUCUAGGGUUUCAGGCAAGAGUCUGUUCCCAGCCGUACAGUGGUACCUUCGUUCAUGAACUUAAUUCGUUCUGGAAGUUCGUUCUUACACCAAAAGCAUUCUUAAACCAAGGCGCGCUUUCCCCAAUGAGGCUUCCUGGUGUCGGGGCCCUUCCACCGGUUGGCUUCUGUUCGUCUUCCGGGGCAAAGUUCGCUAGCUGGGACACCUAUUUCCAGUUUUGCGGAGUGCAUUGCCCGAAUCAUUCAUUAACAGGACUGUUCUUAGACCAAGGUACCACUGUACCUAGAAAUGCCAUUGGGAAUUGAACCUGGGACCUUCUGCAUGCCAAACAGGUGCUCUGCCACUAAGCGGUGGGUUAGAAGGUCCCUGCUUGGUUCCUUAUACAGAAGAUGUCACCUGAAAACUGAAUUAAGGUUCCAAGCGAUAAAAUUUACCUACCAGGCAUAAGGACGGUGAUGCCACUUUUCAGACAGUCUUUUGUUGGAUGAAGCUUUUGGGAUCUUCCUCCCAAAAAAACCAACUGCAAGAGACAGAGAGAUUUUCGCAUAACAAAAUGGUCUUGUAAAUGUCCUACGUUGGAUUUACUUGCACAAUUGCAGCUUUGCACAGGUGGUGGGAAAAUAAAUGGAGAACGGGAAGGAAAUGGUCAGAAAGAGAUUUUGCAGGAUCUUGCGAAGACCUCACAAGAUCUUGCGUGACCUUCUGCAAGAUAUUUGUGUGCAGACCCCCAGAACGUAAACCCUGCAUAAGUUUUGUGCCUCCUCUUUUGCAUCUGAAUGGGGCCUGAAAAAACCUUUAUUGGAACAGGGUGGGGUGGGAGGGCUGUGUUGACUAACAAUCCGGACGUAGCCACUGGUUCAGUUGAACAUGUGCAUAUCUAAACCAGCAGAUCAAAAACUUGUUGUCCUCCAAAUGGGGGGCAGGAUCUGGUUUCAUGGAUCUGCCUUGGAAAGGGGUCUGUCUGCUGGAAGCAGAAUGAAAGAGAGUAACGAGAGGCUCGGUCCCCCCCACUCCAAGGCACACAAGAGAGACCCUCUUAUAUAUCAUUUGAGAGGAAGCGAUGAAAUUCAUUGUUGCUGUUUACCCUGCAGACAAAAUGGUCUUGGGGUCCCCAAGGAGAAGGAGCGGUUCUGCUGGUCAACUGCGACAGGGACGGCCCGAGCUUUGGAGACAUGGACAAUGCCUAUCCGUACGUCCGAUCCCACACAGGUACAUGCUGGGGCUAAGCAGCCAGUGUGGUGUAGUGUUUAGAGUGUUGCACUAGGAGCUGGGAGAGUCCAGGAUUCACUCCCCCCCCCCCUUGGCCAUGAAGCUCACUGGGUAUGGCCUUGGGCUAGUCACUGCCCCUCAGCCUGACCUACUUCACAGGGUUGUUGUGGGGAUUAAAUGGGGAGAGGGAGAACCAUGUAUGCUCCUAGGAGUUCCUUGGAUAAAAAGGUGGGGUGUAGAUGUAAUAAAUAAAGAAAUGCUCCUUGAACCCUGGCCUUGCAGCUUGAUGGGAAUAAGCUGGUGAAAUCCGCAUCCCUGCCCACAAAGGCCUACAACUUAUUGCAAUGGGCAAGAAUGGUUCUAAUAAUAAUAACAAUAACAACAGUAAUAAUAAUAACCCAGGGUGGGUUAUUACAAUGAUUUAAAAUACAAAAUUAAAUAAAAAACCUGCCAAAUAUGCACAAGCUCAGCAACUCUUGUCUGUUUGGCAUUAAUUCAGAUUCUGUAGCCAAAUCCUGGAAUUAAAAAUAAGGAAAGAGUACAAACCAGCCCUCUGUAUCUCUGCAGUGCUCAUUGGCAUAGCCAAGAUUUUUGUUGUGGGGUGGGGAAGGUUUUUUGUUAGAGGUGGCAGAACCUCAGUUUGCUAUAUAUUUUUAUUGGUUUUUAAUUAUUGGGGGCAGCUGCCCCCCUGCCCCCCCCCCCGGCUAUGCCCAUGGCUGUGCUCUCCAUUUUUCCCUCUUAUGGUGACCAGGAUAUGGGGAGGGGAAGGACCAGCACUGUCAGCUCCCGAUAUCCCCAAAUUUCAUAGCAUCAAAUGAAGCUUCAUCUCUGCACCUCUGAAGUCAAGUUUCAUAUGUGCACCCCUGCAACGAAGCUUUGUACGUGCACCUCUGCUGAAGAGACCUUUGAGGCCAUUUCCCAGAGUCAACAGUUCUCAAACAUCAACCCCUAGUUUGCACGAACCUUUGGAGUGGGUUGAUAUAUAACUGGAAAGGCAAACUCAGUCAGAAUACCCCAUCUAGGGAGGCUGGAAGAGCACCUUGAUGGUGACCUAUUCUGACACCUAAAUCCUUGUCCCUCCUGUUUUUCCAAGACCUGCAAGACUUGUCGCUUCUGAUCCUGAACACCCAUGGCCCUGCUGGCGUCUUUGACACCCACAAGCUGGUCCUUCACAUCUCCCUAUUCGAUGCAGCCAAAGUGAGAGUUUUCCACGCUAGAGGUGAGUCCCCGGUUCUUUGCUCUAAUAUCUGCCCUCUGGUCUGGCAGAAUCAACAGGGGGAUCCUCCAGACCUGUUACUUGAGCAUCCAUCCUGAUUUCCUUGUGCAAUGCUUAUGCAGAGGUCAGACAAUGCGCAGUCUUUAUGGUGCAUUUGUUCUGCUUUGUUUGCAGAAAACUCAUGUGGAUAUUAGACUGCAUCCAGUCUUUAUUGUGCAUUGAUUCUGAUUUGUCUGCAGGGAGGUUAUACAACAGCAAACUUCCAUCCUGCAUUUGUUCCAGUUUGCUUGCAGGAUAUUAUUUGCAUGACUUUCCCUGUAAAUAUUAUAAAUAAACACAACAAAAUAUAAUAACAGAUGUCACGUGGCUUACUUUCACUGCAGGUGAUGUGUCAUUCUCCAACUACGAGCAUGUGUUGGGGGUGGACAAGCUCUCCUACACCGUGGGACGCACCGAUGGGAAAGGGCAGCACACUUUCUAUGUGGAGGGCUUGGCCUUCCCAGAUGCUGACUUCAAAGGCCUAGUUUCUUUGAACGCGACACUGCUGGAGCACUCAAGUCAGGUACAAUCCUGAUGAGGAUGGUGGAGGAGAUGGGAGGCUAUAAUUUCCAGCUCCACCCAUGCUUCCAAUAAGCAUCUGGUUGGCCAUUGUGAGAACAGGAUGCUGGACGUGAUCCCAAUGGCCUGACCCUGCAGCCAGACUCUUCUGAUGUUCUCUCUCCCCCACCCAACUCUUACUUUCCACAGAAUUCGCCAGCCACACCUGUUUUCACAGACACUGUGGUUUUCCGAGUGGCUCCCUGGAUAAUGACCCCCAACACACUGAAGCCAUUGGAGAUAUUUGUCUGCAGGUUAAAAAACCACCAUAUUUUUGUGGGUGGCGGCAGGGUGUGUGUGUUGUGGGUGGAGCAGUGGGUAAUGGUGUCAUUUAGGAUGCUAAAACCAAGCUGCUGGUUAAUGUUCAGAUGACUAUCACUUCCUAGGUUUCCAACCUUUAAAUGGAUUUUGGAGGUUUUCGAGCAGAGGUUGGAUGCCCAUCUGCCAGGGAUUCCUCACUGUGAUACCUGCAUUGUGGGGGGUUGGACCAGAUGACCCUUGGGGUCCCUUCCAACUCCAUACUUCUACGAUUCUAUAUCUCAUAGUUUCCUUGGAGUUGCACCUAGUGCUAGUCCUGCUCAGGGUGGAGCUACGGAAGUGACUGAACAUGGCAAACAUAGGUCCAUUCAUUUCCUCUCUGACUAGGACUUAGCUGAACAUCUCAGUGCUAGAGGAAACAAGUCCUGGGAAACGUGUGUGUGUGUGUGUGUGUCUGUGGACCAUAAGUACAGUGGUACCUCAGGUUACAGACGCUUCAGGUUACAGACUCCGCAGAAAUAGUACCUCAGGUUAAGAACUUUGCUUCAGGAUAAGAACAGAAAUCGUGCUCCGGCGGCACAGCGGCAGAAGGAGGCCCCAUUAACUAAAGUGGUGCUUCAGGUUAAGAACAGUUUCAGGUUAAGAACGGACCUCCGGAACGAAUUAAGUACUUAACCCGAGGUACCACUGUACUAAGCUAAUUUGAGAAUGGUUCACUUCUGCAGUUGAGCUACAAUGGCUUCCAAAGUAAGGGAGUCAAGGGCUACUAGACAGAAUCCAGCUAUGCUCUAUCUCCACAGUCAGAGGCAGUAAUGUUUCUGAAUGCCAACUGCUGGGAAUCACAAACGGGAAGAGAUGCUGCUGUGCUCAUAUCCUGCAUACAGGAUUCCCAUUGGGGACAUCUGGUUGCCCGCUGCGAGAACAGGAGGCUGGGCUAUAUAGGACACUGGCCAGAUCCAGCAGGCUCUUCUCAUGCUCUUAAUGGUCCUCCAGGGCUGUCUCUACCCAGGGGUGCAAGGGGUGAGGGGCACCCGGGCGCUGAAUUCGGGGGGGGGGGGGAGGCACCUGCUGCUGAAGCUGCCUAAGUUCUUAACCGCGAUCAGCGGUUGAUCGCUGGGUCAUUUCCAUUCUCUUUUGUGGAAGAGCUGCAGAAUCAAUGUAUCCAGCGGCAUGCCCUAGUGGCGUCGUUCAUUUUCGCAUGAUCACAAAAAUAGAAGAUGGAGCUAUCGCUGCCGCUUUUUAUUUUUUCAUGUUAGUGGUUUUAACCUCCUUAAAAGCUGAACAACUUAGACUUGUACCCCUAAAAAAAAAGCUCAACAACUUUGACCUGGCUAAAGAUGGCCCUGUGGUCCUCGUCUACAUAGUUUUCCUUCCCUUUGCAUCUUUUUCUCUUUUCCAGCAUUGAAAGAGGCACCAACCCCAACCAGACAUUCCUGGAGGCUGUGAAAGCCCUGGCACAGAAAGCUGGCUGUAAGCUGACCAUCUGCCCAGAGAUUGAAAAUCGGGGUGACCGCUGGAUCCAGGUACCCUCCUUGAAGCUGUACAUCCCUGAGGCCAGGUGGGGCACCUGCUGCCACCAGAAGGUCUCUGCCUUCCCCAUCACUGCCUUCCCCCAGGUCUCCCAAUACACACUCCAGCAGUUAAGGAAGGGUGAAUAUUUGUUUGCUCACCUUAAGGCACAAUUGCUAAUUUGCUGUUUAUUGGACCUGUUCAUAGGAUUUUGUAAUUCUUGUAUAUUAUUGUUUUCCUUUUAUUAUUUUCAUUGGCUUUGUUCCCUGAUCUGAAGAACAGGCUGCAAAUGCUUUAAGUAACUAGUGUUAAACCCAUUUGGGGAAAGAGGGAAGAGUGUUUUUGCAAACAGAUUUUUAAACUGGUCAUUCCCAAAAGGAUACAGCACCUUAACCAGUGGGGAUCCUGAUCCAUUUCCCUCCCCUCUAACAGGAUGAGAUGGAGUUUGGUUAUGUGGAGGCCCCCCACAAGUCCUUCCCCGUCGUCUUUGACUCCCCCAGGAACCGAGGCCUCAAGAAAUUCCCUUUCAAAAGCAUUUUGGUAAGCCAGGCUUCUUCAGCCCUCAGCACAUCACUUCUGUUACUGAAAGCAGAUGCUUCCAUCAAUAGCAUUAGAAAAGAAAUCUAAAUAUCAUGGCUGUGUUUGCACGGAAUGCUAAACUGAGGUUUGUUCAAUAAACCACACUUUGUCUCACAGAUGAACAAUAAGCCAUGACUUGUUUUCUCCAUUUUCAGUGGACAAAUAAAGUAAAAGAAAUGGGGGGGGGAUGAAAAGGUGCAUAAAACUUUACUAUACUAUACAGAGAAGAGUAUACAAGUCACUAUAAUUUCUAUAAAUGCAUUGCAAAUAUCAUUAUAUUUAUCCAUACACAAUCUGCGACUAAAAGCAAUCAUUUCAUAUGUUGCAAGAGUUGUCUUAGCUUCUUGAUUCCCGGUUUUUCUUGUCUUCUGCUCUGUUGCUGGAAGAGAUUAUGGGCUAGGGUGGCCAAACAAACCAUGGUUCAGUGAGGCUUCAGACAAAAUGCCAAGCCACUUUGAAAAUGAGCCAUAGUUCCUAAGCAAAAAGGAAACAAUGGCAUGACAUUUUGGUUUGCCACCAGAAAACAAACCACAGUUGGUCUGCUGAGCUGGGUUCAUACAAAACACACUUUGGCUAAGCAAACCAUGGUUUUGUGUUGCGUACAAACCAGGCCCACGUCUUCCUUGAAAGAGCCCAGGAUGGUUAUGUUUCUCUCACCAUCCACCCUACUUUCCCCCUAACAAUAGCCCUGUGUGGUAGGUUAGACUAGAGAGUGAUCUAGGCCUGAGGUCACUUGAGGAAGUUUCAUGGCUGAGAGUGGAUUUGAACCCAACUUGGUCUACCACACUGGGUUAACAUAAGAACAUAUGAAGAGUCUGCCAGUGACUCAUUUAGUGCAGCAUCCUGUUCUCACAGUGGCCAACCAGAUGCCUGUGAGAAACCUACAAGCAGGAUUUGGGCACAAGAGCCUUCUCCCUUCCUGUGGUUUCCAGCAAUUGGUAUUCAGAUGCAUUGCUGCCUCCAACUGUGAAGAUAGAGCAUAGCCAUUUUGACUCAUAGUCAUGGAUAGCCUUAUCUUAUCCCACGACUUUGUCCAAUUCUCUUUUAAAGCCAACCAAGUUGAUGGCCAUCAUUGCUUCCUGCGGGAGGAAGUUUCAUAGUUUAACCAUGUAUAGAAGGACUUAUAGAAGGACUUCCUUUGAUGCGUCCUGAACAUUCAGCUCCAUUGGAUGUUCAAGUAUUACAAGAGAGGGAAAAACAGUAAUGAAUUUCUAUGGGUCUACUCUGAGCAGAAUUUUGUUGGCUGCAACUGACUUUAUCUGUACACUGCCCCUCUCAAUGCCAAAUAAUGAAAGCACAUCUCUCCAGAUUAAGUAAGAUUUCUCACCUUCCUCUCUGGAAACAGAGAGCAUUUUUCAGACACAGAUUAGAAGUUAAAGGCACAUCUUGUACAACACCUUGCCUUCUGUAUACUUGCCUAUGCUCCUAUUUCUCCUUGCUGUGUUUCCUUGGAGGGCCCUGAUUUUGGGUACGUGACCCGAGAACCCCGGUAUGGACGCGUAUCCAGCCUGGAUUCAUUCGGGAACCUGGACAUCAGCCCUGCCGUGACGGUCAAGGGGAAGGAGUACCCACUGGGAAGGAUCCUCAUUGGCAGCAGUUUCCCAGGGUAAACCACCAAGUUCAAAAUAAAAAUAAUUACAAUUAUAAUUCCCCACCCUUGCUUGUAGAGGUGGGGGAACACUGCAUUGGAGGGGAAGGGUUUCAAGGCUUGCCAUUCAAUUGUUAACUGAAAAUAAUUGGGGGUGGGGGAAGGGUCAUAUCUCAGUGGUAGAGACUCUGCUUUGGAUGCAGAAGGUCCCAGAGUCAAUCUUCAGCAGCAUCUCCAGGUGGACCUGGGGAAAAGACUCCCUGCCUCAUCAUAUGUAGAGUGAUUGCCAGUCGGGGAGCCUUUGGCCCUCCAGAUAUUGAUUUAUUCCUUGCAUUUAUAUCCCAGCUUUUUCUCCCAGGGACUCAAGAUGCCAUACAUGGUUCUCCCAUUCUUCCUUUAAUCCCCACACCAACCCUUUGAGAGAGGUUGGGCUGAGAGGCAGGGAUUGGCCCAAGGUCACACCCAAGAAGCUUCAUGGCACAGUGGGCAUUUGAACCCUGGACUCUCCCAGGUCCAAGUCCAACACUCUAAUCACGAUGCUAUUCUGGCUAAACCACAACUUGUAUCAUCCCUGAUCAUUGGCCAUGCUGCCUGAGGCUGAUGGGAACUGGAGUCCAACAAUAUCUGGACCCCACCCCCCAUGAUCUAAGGUACCAAGGAUGCUCCAGAGAGAGCAAUGAUGACAUAAAUCCAAGUCUUCAUCAGGGGAUGAAUCAGAAAGUCAGUGCCUUGUUGCUGGAUACCAUUCAGAUAUUUUGUCUGGGAAAACCUGGUCUAGCAAUUGUUUUGGGGGAGGCAAGUACUAGGAGUAGGUUGUCAUGAGGCUAACAAAAGCUUUCCUGUGCUGUUCUGUGCUUGGUUAAUAAAGGUAAAGGGACCCCUGACCAUUAGGUCCAGUCAUGACCGACUCUGGGGUUGCGGCGCCCAUCUCGCUUUAUUGGCCGUGGGAGCCGGAGUUUGUCCGCAGACAGCUUCCGGGUCAUGUGGCCAGCAUGACUAAGCCGCUUCUGGCGAACCAGAGCAGUGCACGGAAACGCCGUUUACCUUCCCGCCAGAGUGGUACCUAUUUAUCUACUUGCACUUUGAUGUGCUUUCAAACUGCUAGGUUGGCAGGAGCAGCGAUCGAACAACGGCAGCUCACCCCAUCGUGGGAUUUGAACUGCGACCUUCAGAUCGGCAAGUCCUAGGCUCUGUGGUUUAACCCACAGCGCCACCCGCAUCCCUCGCUUGGUUAAUAAGAAAACUUUAAUGUAGGAGGAUCUCAUGGUAUGAGGCCACCUAGAGACCCAAGCACCUCCCAACUCAGACAGAGGCAGCUGGGAAGAUGUUUGCUGGGAAGGCAAUGCUGGCUUCUGGUUCUCAAUGAGUUCCUCACCACCAGAUACUGCAAAGAUGCAUCGGGCUACUCAUGAGAGCAUAGGAAACUGCCUCUUACUGAGCCAGGUCCCUGACUGGCAGCAGCUCUCCAGGGUUUCAAGCAGGGAUGCUUUUUCUAACACAAUGAAUUUUUGUAAUUUAUUUCACUAUUAGAUGCAUUUAUAUGCAUGCAUUACCAUAGUAUAUGCAUUUCUGUACACAUUGUUUGACCAGAGAACAGUGUUGCAAAAUUAAAAAGAAAUGCGAAUUUCAGAAGGUGGCUGUGUUUUGGUUUGGAAAGCUCAAAUCAUGUGAGAAUCAAAUGCAAACUGAAUUUAUUUUCCCCCAUCACUAGUUCUAAUCCCACCUUCUAUUCUCUCUCUUUUUCUCUCUCCUUCCCUCCAUCCCUCCCUUUCUUUUAAAAAAACCCCUGCCUCAUCUCUUAGGUCUGGCAACAGGAAAAUGGUCAAAAUUGUCCGGGAUUUCCUCUAUGCUCAAAGAGUCCAACCCCCUAUUGAGCUCUAUUCUGACUGGCUCACUGUAGGGCAUGUGGAUGAGUUCCUGACCUUUGUUCCGGCUUCCAACAGGAAGGUAAUGAUCCUCAGGGAAGUGCUUUGACCGGCUUCCUUUUCCAUAUUUGAUACUUUAUACCUUAUUAGCUCUGCACUGGAAAAGUCACUCUGCUGGCUUCUCUCACGGAGCCCUAUCCCUGUCCCCAGUCUCUGUGGGAGGGCUGCAGCCUCCCAGAAAAGCUUUACAGGGGGAUUGGACAAAUUCAGGGAGGGCGAAGCCAUCAGUGGUUACUAGUCACAGUGUGUUACCUCUGCUGUUGGAGUCGGUAUGCCUCUGAAUCACAGGAAUCACAGGUGAGGAGAGUUGCUGUCCUGCUUGUGGGCUUCCCACAAUGGGCACCUAAAUGGAGGACCCAAAUUCUGCCCGGCAGUUUACCUUUCUCAUUUCUCUUCCUGCAGGGUUUCCGGUUGCUCUUAGCCAGUCCCGCUGCUUGCCUGAAGCUGUUUAGAGAGAAGCAAAAAGAAGGUUUCGGAAAUGCUGCUCUGUUUGAAGGUGAGGACAGAAUCAAAGAAUGGUAAAGUUGGAAGGGACCCUGAGGAUCAUCUAGCCCAACCCCCUGCAAUGCCAGAAUAUGCAGCUGCCCCAUACAGGAUUUGAACCUGCAACAUGCUGUUACUGCUCCCUUCCUGACGGGGCUCACGAAAGCCAGCAUGUUUUAAAAUUUGUGGAAACCAUUUCCCUUGCAGGUCUCAGGAGAGUGGGGCGCAUUACUCUGGAUGAGCUCCUGGCAGACAGACUUUUGCACCGUGACAGCAAGUAUGUGCAGGUAAACCGUUAUCAGAGUGCAGGUGGAUCUGGACCGUUUCCAUCCCACCCCACCCUGAAUUUGCAGUGCGGUUUCCAUUCCACCUCAGUUCACCUUUUGCAAAAAAACUACAUUAUUUGUCCUGCUGUCCGCCAUGGCACAAUUAUAUAAUAUCCAUAACUAAUCACAUGAUUGUAUUGUUGCUAUGUUCUUCCACCCCAUCAUUUCAGUGCAAAGGAAACACAAUGCAAAGGAGGGGAAAGGGAGCAAUCAAUUAUGUAUCAUUUGCAGAUGGAAAGCAACAUAAAUACCUAUUGUGCUUGCUAGAUUGAUUUCCGUUCCAGAGGUGGGACAAAUAGGCAAAACCUGGCCAUUUCUGUUCCCGUUAAUAGUGAAAUUGAGCAAUCGUAUCUGGGUUGAGCCCUGGCAUCUCUCUGAAGUCACACCCUGCGUUAGAUCUGCAAUACAUCUUCCCUGGAAGAGAAACACAUUUUGUUUCAUUUCUGUCAUCAAGUAAACAAUGUACCACAACUUCCCCUGGCAAAUGGUUUCUGUGGUCCAACUCGCUUAGGUAAAUGUCUGUCUCCCUUUUUAGUAAUCUCCUUUCUGCACUCCUAGACCUUGCCACCAGGAUCUUUCUGCAUCCAAAGACAGACUUUCUGUUAUUUUUCAGCCCCAAGUAGGCCUCAUAACACUUCUCAGAAACUUUCACAAAUGACAGCUCCCAGAAGCCGUGACUGUUUCAAAUGGCAUCGUAGUGCUUUGAAUGUCUGGCAUCCAUCUGAGCCUUUGGCCUUGCUGGCCGGGGCUGGUAGGUGUUGGGGUCAAACCACAUUUGGAGGGCCAUGAGUUCCCCCAUCCCUGAACUAGACCCUCACUUGCCUUCACUGCCCCUGGCUCCCUCCAUUCCCCCUCUGCCUUAUUUUAAUGCUGGGCUGGCCAACCUGUGGCUGAGCCCAGACUACAACUCCCAUCUUCCUCCUCCCUGACCACGCUGUCUGCGGCUGAUGGGAGCUGGAGUGCUUCAACACUAUCUGGAGGACACCAGAUCGACGAAGGCUAUUAGGCCUAGGGAUGGCUGAAACUGUCCAUCUCAGUUUCUUUCAUUUUUCCAGUUUUCAGUUCUCUGCAUUGCCACAUCAGUGUGCCAAGUGUGAUGUGCGUCUUUAAAAAGCCUUCAUGAAAAUUUCAGCAGCAGUUCAGUGUGGAUUUCUCCUAAUAUAUACAUUUAUUCAUGCAGUCCCCCCACUUUUUUUGCAAAGCCUAUGUUCCCUAAUAUUUAAAUAUCCCCAAUAUGUUUAUUUUUCCACGUUUAUUUAAAUGUCAUAAGAACAUAGGGACAGGCCAAACAACUUCCUCUUCUCACAAUCUCUGACCAGAAGCCCCAAAGGAAAACCCACAAGCAGGGUUCCCUACUUUUGAAUGCCAUCUUCAUUAUCGUAUGCAGUUUUACGCACACUUUACCUCAGCAUAUGCAUUUUUUUUGGUACACAUGGCUGGAGAUGUACAUUGCAAAAUAUGGAGAAAUGCAAAUUUGGAAAGGGGGCUGCAUUUCGGUUCCUGUCUUGUUUCGGAAAGUGCGAAUAAAGCAGAUUCUUCUUUAAAGAAUAAUCCCCCAUUCAUUAGUUAGGCUGACAGAAAACAGUCACUUUGCAAAACACACAUUUCCUUUUCACGGAGGCCAAAUUUCACACUAAGAAUCACAAACCCCAAUAGCAAUGUAGCCUAAGACACCAGUCACACUCCUAUCGCCUCUUGGAUUUUAAGAAGUCAGUUAUGAACAAUCGCUUAGUUGACAUGGAUCAAGAUCCCUUCCUUUUGCUGUUCAGUCAUCUUAGUCAUGUUCAACUCUCCGUGACCCCAUAAACCUUGGAAACUUCUCCUUUUUAUGUCUAUGGAGUUUUCUUGGCAAUAUACUGGAGUGGAUUGCCAGUUCCUUCUUCAGGUGGAUCACAUUUAGUCUAAACUCUCGGCUAUGACCUGUCUAUCUUGGGUGGCCCUGCACGGCAUAGCUCAUGGCUUCUUGGAGUUAUUCAAGCCCCUUCGCCACGACAAAGCACUUCCUUUUACCCGCUAACAAAAACAUGUGUGUUUUUUUAAAAAACACAACCCGAUCCUUUUAAAAUAAAAGCUCACCACCUCUUUAUAAUCUUCUGGGAGAUAAUCGCAAUAAGGAAAGAGGAAGAUGUGGAUUUAUUUCUCGCUGACUGACAAGGGAAGUGCUGUUAAGCGUGAUCUGUGCUAUAACACUCUGAGGUAAAAUUUGAGGUAAAAUGUGAUGCCGAGCCAGACAUUUAUGGUCAUUUAUCUCCUAACCACACCAAAUUCCCCAGUGAUUAUGAAAGAACAACUGUGGUUAGCUAAACUGAGGUCAUCUGGAGAUAAAAUAAAAAGGCACGGCUAAGGUUUUUCGUUUUUUUACCUCAGACAUGGAUAGGGGGCAUAGAUUGCUCUCCUGACCUAAACAACAAUCAUGAAGUAAAAUGGGAGAAUUACAAAGUGCUUCAGUUCAUGAGGCUGUUUUAAAUGAACAAGACGGUUGUGGCAAUUUCUACCACCACAGUCAAUUAAAGUUAUUUACUUUGCUUUAUUUUUCAGAAAGGGGGUAGCCAAGAUGGCGCCCUCCUGGUGCUGAGGGACUACAACUCCCCUCAUUGACAACCCUUGGGCCCUGAUGGCUGGGGAUGAGGGGAGUUGGCGGCUACCUGCAGGACGCCAUGUUGGCUGUAGCUGUGGUAGACUAUAGUAAAGACCAUGAGGAGAAGUUAAGUGGCUUCUAGCUGUACAGGUUUCAAAGUUAUAAAUAUAUCAAGAUUAAGGAUUAGGACUAAAAAAGGCUUAAAGGAUGGAAAAAUUGGUUUUUAAUAGGUAAAAACUUAAUGUUAUAAUAUAUUAAGAUUAAGGAUUGGGAUUAAAAAGGAGGGAAAGAAAUUGCUGGACUAACAAACUGAAUUGGAAUACAAAAGAGGGAGGUAUGAGGAGGUCCGGGAAACAAGUAAAUGUAAAAGAAGUUAUGAAAAGACGGAAUUGUUUUUAACUGUUUUUUUCUUUUAUCUUUUUGUAUUUUUGUAUUGUGUAUUUUUCUUUUUUAUUCUUAAAUUUUUCUUUCUUAUUAAUGGGAUUCCUUUUUUGUGAAACUUUAAUAAAUAUUAUUAAAAAAAAAAAAAGAGAGAACCUGCUGGGUCAGGCCAGUGAUCCACCCAGCCCAGCGUCCUGGUCUCACAGCGGCCAACCAGGGGCCCAUUUUGUGGGAACCCCACAAAAAGGAGCCGAGCGCAACAGCAAAAGUCCCCACUCAUGAUUCCUAGAAACUGGUAUUCGGCAACAGGCGGAGGCAGAGCAGAAGAGCCAUUGUGGCCAACAGCUAUCAAUAGCCCUCUCCUCCAUAAGUCUGUCUUUUUAAAGCGGGUGGCCAUCACUCCAAACUGUGGCAGUGAGUUCCACAGUUUAACUCGAUUUCAUCUGUCCCGAAUCUUCCAACAUGGAUGUGCACAACGUCUGGUGUCCCAAGAGAAGGAGAACAAGCUUCCCUCCCUCCACUUUCUCUGCACCACAUGUAGUUUUAUAAACUCUCAUGUUGCCUUUCGCUCGGCUUUUCCCCUGGUCAUUUGGGUUGCCCUUUUCUGGACUUUUCCCAAUAUCUUUUUUGAGGUGAGGCGACAAGAAUGGUACACAGUAUUUCAAAUGCGGCUGUGCCCUAGAUCUGCAUGGCUGCAUUUAUACGUGAACACUACCCUGAGGCGAAAACCAGAGCGAAAGCUCUUGCUUGCUAAAGGUACAGUUCCCACAUCAUGGGGAACCACAGCUAACAGUUUGCCUCUGAGGGCUCUUUCGAUCCUUCCCAACUGAAGGAAACAAACCCUGCUCCUUGGCGUAACAUUACAUCUAGCAUAAAAGCGUAGAAUUGGAAGGGACCCCAAUGGUCAUCUAGUCCAACCCCCUGCAAUGCAGGAAUCUCAAUGCAGAUGGCCAUCCAAGCUCUGCUUAAAAACCUCCAAGGAAAGAGAGUCCACCAUCUCCUGAGGGAGUCCGCUCUGCUGUCAAAACAGCUCUUACUGCCAGGAAGUUAUUCCUGAUGUUUGGUCAGAAUCUCCUUUCUUGUAACUUGAAGCCAUGGGUUCGAGUCCUACCCUCCAGAGCGGGAGAAAACAAGCUUGCUCCAUCUGUCAUGUGACAGCCCUUCAGAUAUCGGAAGAUGGCUAUCCAGUCUCCUCUCACUCUCCUCUUUUCCAGGCUAAACAGACCCAGCUCCUUCAAGCUUUCCUCAUAUGGACUGGUUUGUUAAAUGGGGGCGAAUCUCGGCUGCAAAUCAUGGCUUACUGGAAUCAAGUCUAGUUGCUAUCGGUUCACCAACCUGGGUUUUGAGUUUUCUUUCCUCCUGGCACAAGGCCUGCAGAGUCAAAUUGAUCAGGAAAACGCUGUCCCAGGAAACUAUUUACGGUGGUUGUGUGAACAAGACUGAUGCGAGGCAAAAACAACAACAAAAAACUACCCUGAAGUAGCACUAAGGGCCCCUUUGGAAGAUCCAUUUUAUUGUGCAUUUGUGAUGGUUUGGACUUGUGAUGGUAUUGGGGCAGUCAUAAGCAAUCCCAGUCUCCAUUGCAUUUGCACCUUGCUGUGUUUUGGGGGCUUCGUUUCCAAUCCAUGCAUAUCCCAUAAUUUACAGCUUUUUAUGCCACAAGCAUUCUGGGUAUAUUUUCACCCUAGAGCCCCUUGGACAACAAUAAUGUGGUAGCAGUUGGGGAAACAUUGUAGAACAGCUAAUAAAGCCAGUGUAGUAUAGUGGCUAGAGUGUCAGACUGGGAGAGACCCGGGUUCAAACCCCCCACUCAGCCAUUAAGCUCAUGGGGUGGCCUUGGGGGCCAGUCACUGCCUCUGGGCCAGACCUAACUUGCAGUGUUGUGGGGAUAUAAUGGGGAGGAGGGGAAGCAUGUUUGCUACCUUGAUCUCCUUGAAGCAAAGGUGGGACAGAAGAAAUGAUGAUGAUGAUGAUGAUGCAGAAUAAAUCCACCAGUAAUGCAAUAUUAUUGUGUCAAGAGCAUGUUGCAAAAUAUGCACACAAUAAAACACUAAUCUGGAGGGGCCUGUGAUUAUUUAAUAUCUCAGGAACUUGUGGUUGUUGUUUUUAAAAAAACCUGUUACUUGCUAUCCUGAGCUUAAAAAUGCAUGACAGCUUUGCUGUCUUCAGGUGCAAAUAUUCAACAUGAAACAAAGCGGGCUUUACAGCCCAUGGGGAAUAUUUUGCAUCGUCUUCUUUCUUCCAGAGUUGCAUCGACUGGAACCGGAGCAUUUUGAAGCGGGAGCUGGGCCUGAGCGAGAGAGAUAUCGUGGACAUCCCUCAGCUGUUCACUCUGGAAGACUCUACAGCGACCGCCUUGUUUCCAGACAUGGUGAGGGUCUUUCCUUGGCGUUUGUGCAGAGGUGUCCAGUGCAGCUCAAACCUUUUCUCUGGAAAUUGGCUUCCGGAGCAGUAACCCCCAGAGAGCUGCUGCCAGUCAGUGUAGGCAGCACUGAGCUAGAUGGGGAGGGGCCAUAGCUCAGUGGCUGAGCAGCUGCCUUGCAAGCAGAAGGUCCCAGGUUCAAUGGCAUCUCCAGGUAGGGCUGGGAGAGGCUGCCUGCACCAAAAUCCUGGAGAACCACUGCGGGUCAAUGUAGACAAUACUGAGCCAAAUGAUUUGACUCAGUGCAAGACAGCUCCCUGUGCUCCUUUUGAAACCAGUCCUCACUUCAGACCCAUGAGGACUGGAAACUUAUUUUACUUUUAAGCGGAGGCAUAACUCAGUGGUGGAGCACCUGCCUUUCCUGCAGAAGGCCCUAGAUUCCAUCCCAAUGGCAUCUCUGACUAAGAGCGGGAGAGACCCUCUGUCUGAAACCUUGGAAAGGCGCUGCUGCCAGUCAGUGUAGUGAACUGUAGGCUGGAUGGAUGGUUAGACUCAGUAGAAGACAGCUUUCUACAUGCUGAACUUUAGCUAGGAUGGCAGAAAAACCAACCCUGACUGUUGCUUUUGGUUGUUUUUGCUCUGCCUAGGUGAACAUGCUCGUCUUGGGGAAGCACCUGGGCAUCCCAAAGCCAUUUGGCCCCAUCAUCCAUGGGCAGUGCUGCCUGGAAGAGAAAGUCCGCUCCUUGCUGGAACCGCUGGGGCUGAACUGUACCUUCAUCGAUGACUUUUUCUCCUACCACAUCUUGUCUGGCGAGGUCCACUGCGGCACCAACGUCCUCCGAGAACCCUUCUCCUUCCACUGGUGGGACACAACACCUUGA